AUGCAAACGGUCCGUUACGAUCGUCAGAUACGUUUGUGGGGCGACCAAGGUCAGUCGUCGAUAGAGAGUGCAUCCGUUUGCAUGAUCGGUUCGUCGGCGUUAUCGACUGAGAUUUUGAAGAGCUUAAUAUUAGCUGGAAUUAAAUCGGUUUUUGUUAUCGAUUCCACAUUUGUUACAAAUCCAGACGUUGGUAAUAAUUUCUUCAUUGAACAGCAACAACUGGGUCAAAUGAGAGCCAAAGUUACAACCGAAUGGCUGAAAGAAUUGAAUGCGUCGGUACGAUGCGAGUACGAUACUCGCAGCGUGGAACAACUCGUGGAAGAUGGUCAUUUGGAGAUGCUGAAACGGUUCGCGAUUGUGAUCGCGACGAAUCUUCGAGAGAGAGAUGCCAUUGUUAUCAGUGAUUUUCUGUUCGAUUGCAAUAUACCGUUUUUGCAUGCCAGAGUAUUCGGUUUUGUUGGAUAUAUUCGUAUUUGUGUCAAAGAACACACAAUUAUGAAUUCGCAUUCGGAGAACGUACAACCUGAUGUGAGGUUAGAUGCACCAUUCGCUGAACUGGAAGAAAUGGUGGAUGCGAUCGAUUUGGAGGCAUUGAAUUAUGAGGAACAUUCGCACAUUCCAUAUUUGCUUCUUUAUUUGAAAGCGCUGAAGAUUUGGCGACAAGAAGUGGUGCACGAUAAAGAAGCAUUCCCCGAUGAGUAUAAGAAAAGGAAAAGUUAUGAAAGCGUUCUGAUGUCUCUCCGAAGAGCAAAUCCAGAAACACAUUCGUUGGAUGAAGAGAAUUUCAUCGAGGGACGUAAUGCGUUAGCACGAUCUAUGCGAAGCACAACGAUUCCGUCGAAUGUACAUGAGUUAUUCAAAAAUGAAAGAUGUGAACGACUGGAUGAAUCGUCAAGCUUUUGGCUGUUGGUGUCAGCACUAAAACGAUUUGUAUUGUCUGAAAAGGUGAUGCCUGUAACAGGUCAGUUACCUGAUAUGGUUAGUGACUCACAACGAUAUAUUGCUAUCGCAUCGCUUUAUCGGAAAUAUGCGAAUAGUCAUGCUGAGAAGGUUUUCGGGUAUUUGCAAGAGAUCUUGAAGGAGAGGGGUCUGUCGAGGGAUUUAAUAGCGUUUUCGGAGUGCGAAUUCUUUUGUCGAAAUGCUUCGAUGAUAUCUGUUCAGCACGGUACAACAAUUUCACAAGAAAUUGAAUCAAAAUUAGAGAAUAUUCUGUGCGAUAUAAGAAAUGCAGAUCUAACACCAAAUCCAAUAACAGGUGUACCACAAAUUCCGCCGGCGAUUUGGUACAUAUUGUUGAGGGCAGUGGAUAGAUUUCAUUCCGAGAAGGGUCGUUAUCCUGGUACAAAUGGUGUACCGUGCACGAUCGAUUCGCACGAUCUGAAAUCGAGAGUAGUGGGACUGAUUACAGAUUGUCAGGUGGUAGAUGUGAAUGAAGUGUUGGAAAAGAUCCGCGAGAACGUGAUUGAUGAGAUGUGUCGUUAUGGAUGUGCAGAACUGCAUGUGAUCGCAUCGUUGAUCGGAGGAAUCGCAUCUCAAGAAGCCAUUAAGCUGAUCACUCACCAGUACAUACCCGUCAACAAUACGCUCAUCUUUGACGCACACACGCAGAACUCGAACACUUAUCAGUUAUGA